AUGGGUUCAGUCCAAACCCUUGACCUCGAACAACUUCGAGCUAGGCUCUCCGAGACAGCAGAGAUCGUGACGAAGGACGACUCUCCGCCGGAGUUGUAUCAAAAGAGUAUUGCAAGAUGGUCUGAGUCCAGCAGUAUUAUAAUCUUCCCGGCGACAGUCGAGGAUGUCUGUGUGGCCGUGGAAUACAGCGCUGCCAGUGGUCUUGAGGUUGCUGUUGUCGGCGGACGUCACUCAACCAGUGGUUCUUCAUCUAGUGAAGGCGGAAUCCAUAUUGAUUUGGCCAAAAUGAGAGCAGUUACUGUUGAUCCUACAAAUAAAACAGUCACGGCCCAAGGAGGUUGUCGAUGGGAAGACGUAGACACUGCACUUGCAAACCACCAACUAGCUACCGUUGGCGGUACUGUCAACGACACUGGUAUUGGCGGUCUUACUCUUGGUGGCGGUUACGGACAUCUUAUGGGACAAUACGGUUUGGUAAUUGACAAUCUGCUAGAGGCAGAAGUUGUGCUCGCCGACGGGAGCGUACAAAAGUGCUCUGAGUCUGAAAACGAGGAUCUCUUCUGGGCGAUCCGAGGAGCUGGUGCUAGUUUUGGAGUAGCGACUUCUUUGACCUACCAGGCAUAUGAUCAGAAAAAUGAUACUUGGGCAGGCCUUCUCUUCUUCCCCAGGGAGCGGGUCAGAGACGUGUUUACCGCUGCCAAUCACCUGCUUGAUAUCGGGGAUGGGCGAUGCACCCUGCUUCCUGCAUAUGGAACUCCUCCGCCAUCAUUCGAAGUCAUUAUUUUAGUCGCUGUUUUCUUCAAUGGGCCUCAAGAAGAGGCUGAGACCUUUCUGGAGCCGCUUCUUUCGCUUAAUCCUUUCCUCAAUACAACUGCAUCGGUUCCUUAUGAUAAUUGUAACAGCUUGCUGAACCAUGUGCUUGGGCCCGGAUUCAGACGGAGUUUCAAGGGUUCAUCGAUACUUGUGCCGGUCGCUGUCGACUUUGCAGAAGAGAUCUUGAGAGACUUCGAGGAGUUUGUGGCUAGAGUCCCGGAUGCGAAAGCGAGUGUUGUUAUUUUCGAGUAUUUUCCAUAUAAGAAAAUGAUGGAGGUUUCUCAAACAUCAACCGCAUUCGCGAACCGUGGUGCAAUCGUGGGCAUUAUUCUUGCACCGGGCUGGACUGACCCUAAAAACGAUUCAGUCUGUAGAGAAUGGACGAGGACUAUGUAUGCGAAGACUCGGGCCGAUAGACUGAGAAAGAUGUCUGAGGGCAAUGUGGAUAGUCUUACGAAGACUACUGUUGGAGAAUACAUGAAUCAUGACGGCCUGGGUGCUGGCCCAAAAGUUUUAUACGGCGUCAAUUACGAUAGAUUGGUUGAGUUGAAGAAGAAGUAUGAUCCUAAGCGUCUUUUUGGUAACGGGCCAAAUUCGAUCAUAUGA